ACAACAAAAUGACAUAAUUUGCUGCCAGCUUGUUGACGUCACAAAACCUAAGACGCUGAUUGGUUAAGGGAGAAAAAACUUGGAUGGAAAGUAGAACAUGCUCUACUAUCGUCCAAGAAGUUGGACCAAGUUCUUGGAUGUUUGUUUACACGAUCAAAGCUCAAAGCAAAACAAGUUUCCAUCAAUAUCAAUCAAUCUCUGUCCAAGAAAUUGGAUCGUCUAAACAGACCUUAAGCCUGGAUUGAGCACUGAAGCUGCAAAUGUAUGUAAUUUCAAUAAGUAAAUAAAUAUUUUUUUAUUCGUUUAAAAUCAUGGAUAUAAUAAAUUCAUUAUUGGGUCUUGAAAACUAUAGAAUUAAGUUUUUAACGGGGGAAGGAGAUUAUGAAGGCACUAUAUCAAGAAUUGCUCCCGAAAUUCAGCUCAUAGUUAUAACCAAAGCUAUUUGGUUACCCAAGGAUAAAAAACUGGGUACAUUGACUUUUAGAGCUAAGGAAAUAAUAUCUUUCGACGUGAUCGGUAGAUCAGAAUCUUCAAAGAUUUCAGAAUCUUUAGCUAACAACUAUAGUGGCUUCUACGAACGAAAUGACCAAAGACCAACUAUUUUCGAUGAUGAAUCCGAUGAAACUUCCUCUGUUAAUGAAUCGGAACUAUUCUCAGAGAUAGAUUCUGAGGAAAGAGUAUACACGUUUGAUUUACCCCCAUCUUUAUGCAAAAUCUUGCCAUUAGACAAUGUCGUUAUAAGCGAAUUUGAUGAAAACUUUGACUACUGUAUCCAGCAUUUCCGCCAACAAGAUGUAAUUGGAAUUUCUUUUGAAAGUCCUAAGAUAAGACGUAAUGAACUUUUGCAUUGGCUAUGCAUAGCCACUUCUUGCUGUACUUUUUUAAUUGAUAUUUUCACUCUUGGUGAAUCUGCUUUUACUAGAGGAAUUAAAGAUAUUCUAGAGGAUCCUAAGAUAGAGAAAGUGGUUCACGAUUGUCGACAAAUCUCUGAUUGCUUGUUUCAUUGUUACAAUACUAAAUUGAUUAAUGUUUUUGAUACUCAAGUAGCUGACUAUAUAAUAAAUCGACAAAGGACUAAAGAUGGAAAGAUUAUCCCUUAUGUGCAGCCAUUAAAUUCUUGUUUAUCUCAUUAUCUCUAUGUGCCAGAAGAAUUUUUAUUCCGUCGCAAAAAACGAUCUUACCAAGAUGAUUUGGUAUUUUAUGAAUUACGACCUCUCAGGGAAGAUUUAAGGAAUUUGUUUACAAAAAAUGUUAUAUACCUAAGACCCUUAAAACAAGAAUUGGACAUUUUGCUUUUGGAACCCUUGGACAAAUGUGUUGAUAUUUAUAUGAAAUCAAGGCGUUGUAAAACAGAUAGGGAACUUAAACUUGAGAGAUUUGUACACAAUGUGGUGCCUGAUGAAUUGCUAUUUGAAGAAAUUAAACUUUUUCGAUUUAAAGAUUAUGUAGACAUUCCAGCUACUGUAAGUUCAGGGCCACCAUUUAGAGAAUUUCAGGAUUCUUUUAAAGACUAUUGCAAAAUAAACACGAAAACAGUUCCUUUAAAAAUAGACUAGUAGUAUGAAUAAAUUAAAACCAGAGUUGUAGUGAUUUAAAUCAUUUGACUAAAGAUGUUGAUUUAAAUUACGAUUUCAAUCGACCACUUUUAUUUGAAAGGAAAAAAAUUUGAAGGAUUGUAUAUAUAGAGAAAAAAUCAAACCUAUUUUUUUAUUCAUGAUUUUAAUUAUGAAACUAUAGGUACAUUUUAAAGAAAGUCAAUUUGUACUUGAAUGUCUAAGAUAUUUUCAUGGUUCAUAAUGUAGAUCAAUGAGAAUCUUUACCUAAAUGACAACUAAGAUAAACUUAAGAUAUUUGGAUCAAUAUUCGGGUAUUUUCAUUAAUUAAGUCUGUAAAAUUAUACAUCUGUAAAUAAUGUCUGAAAUUUCAUAUCACUGUGUUCAUGUCAUUUAAUGUUAUGUUCAACUAUAUGUAUAUUAUUUGCUAAUUGUUACAUAGAUUACUUUACUUUUAACCUGGUUAUAUCUUAGAGGUAACCAGGGUAAGCGUAACUUAGAGAAUGCAAGCCCAUUCAAAUAUCACAAAGGGGCAGGGACCCUGAGCUAAAAAAUUUUCGAUGUUCCAACUCCACUCAAGGUAAUAAGCUAAAACUCAGGCUCCAAAAAUUUCACUAUAUACACACUAUUGAGUUCCAAAUUAUAAUUUUAAAUUUUUAUUACUGAAAAGAGCAUUAUUAGUGUGUCGUAAUUAUUAGAAUGCAAAUAAAUGCUGCAUAAC